GUUUUCCUGGCGACGGCGAUGACGAUAGUAAUGCGGCAAAGCGCAGACGAUCUCGAACUAAUUUCAAUUCUUGGCAAUUGGAGGAGCUGGAGCGAGCUUUUUCUGCAAGCCAUUAUCCUGAUAUUUUCAUGCGUGAAGCCCUCGCUAUGAGACUAGACUUAAAAGAAAGUAGAGUUGCGGUAUGGUUCCAGAAUCGAAGAGCAAAAGUGCGAAAACGUGAACACACCAAAAAAGGCCCUGGACGACCUGCACAUAAUGCCCAACCUCAAACCUGCUCCGGGGAACCUAUUCCGCCCAGUGAAUUGAAAGCCAAAGAAAGGGCACGACGAAGAAAGAAAUUGGCGAAAGCUAUUGAUCGACAAGCGAGGAAAUUGCAAGCCAAAGGCAUCACUGUCGACCUAGAGGCACUCAAGGCCGAAUACAUAUCACAACAUAAGGCUAAUGGCACUUUUUCUGACUCAGAUCUUGAGGACGACGGCAUACAAAUCGAUGUAGUAGGGGGUACGGAUAGUGACGACGACCCUGACGAUUCCUCCUUCCGUAGUCCUAGAGCGAGUAGUAUGGCCCCAGGCAGCUUCUCACCAACUAGUAGUCCCAAUGGUAUUGAAAGUCCAGUGUCCAACGGAGAUCGCAACACCGAAGAUGAUAGCAAUCCUACAGAUGGCUGUGGAAAGCCAUUCAUUUUUCCUACAGCAAAUACCGCUAUUACCAAUCUGCGCUUGAAUCUAUCGAAUUCCAAUACACCCGCCCAUGAAUAUCAAACCCAGCACCACCAAAAUCAACAUAAUCAAAUUCAUCGUCAUAAUCACAAUACCAAUCAACAACAAACAUCCCCGAUUAGUAUCCGGCGGAACAAUCCAUUUAGCAUAGAGGCGCUGCUGUUCAACAACACGUGAGAUUUGUUGAGAUGGUUAAAUGGUUGAAUGCAAAGGCAUAAAAAUUACACGCUUUCCUUCAAGCCAUUUUUGGCUCCCCUUUAUCCAUCAGCAACAGUUACCCGCUAACACAAACACACAUAUUGGACGCACAUCAACCAGCCUCUGUAUAUAACUACCUACAUAAAUACAUCCAUAUGCAUAAAUAUUAAAAAGCUGGCCCCUAUAUUUAUUUUUAGUGAAUAGACAGAAUAAUGUAUAAUGAAUGAACUAGCCUAUUAACCAAAAUUAUUAUGGAGCUACUAACAUAAAUAUAUUAAUACAUACUACAUAUGUAUGUGAAUGGGUAUACGUAGGUAUAUGU